UGUGUGUGUGUGUUUUGAUAGCAACAGCAUAAAAGAGAGCUUUUAGAUUUCUGUAUUUACUGUGUGUGUCAUGUAGAGUGAGACACUUAGUUGGAAGAUUGGAGCAAUGCGGGAAAAACAAAUCUAGACCUUGAUAUUGAUCAUAAAGACUUUAUUAAGACUGUAGUGGUAAUUGUUGCAAUUUUUCCUAGUGGUGCUUUUUUAUGAUUCUAUGUGUGAGUUUACAAAUCUGACUGUUGAGUCUUAUAUUGUCUGGUAGAGGAUAUGAAAACAAGUUAACCUAUUCUUUAACUGAAGUGACAGUGAUUUUAUUAGCUAAUCCAAUAGUUUUGUAAAUGAUUAAGGAAUACGGUAAAUGUUUCAAACCAAAGGAAAGCCCAAUAUUUAAAAAAAAUCUGAUUAUAGACUAUGUUCUGAUCUGAGUCAGAUUGGUAGUGUAAAUAGCAGAGUUCGCGUAAAGGCACAUUCUGUUGUUCAAGCCUACAACUAAAUCAAUGAGGGUGAAACUGAAACAUUACCAUGGGUGAUGACGAAUGUAUCAAUCCGUAAUUAAUCUGUUUACUCAAUGUUCUGAACAUUAACUGUCACUUAUUGACAUUUACACAUUUUUAUUAGACAUGAUCCACUAGAAUGUGAGAUGACUUUAAGUAAAGUAGGAAAACUGUACAAUGUUAAUAAUUUCACCCUUAGCCACACACUACUAUUUUAAAACGGCUUCAUGCUGACUGUGUGGAAUCAUAAUAACAUCAUAUGGAAGUAGACUGGGAAUCUGUCAUUUUCUAUCUUGUGUGUCUUAGUUACCCUCACAUCACCAAGGGUUUAAUUACUGCCGAGCAAACCGCAGAGACUCCUCAUGAGAGAGGAGGACGAGUAAAAUCAGGUGAGACGGAGGGAAAACAGAAGGCUGCCAGUAAGCCGAGCUUCAUCCACAUAGCUACAGGAUAUCAAGAUUGAAACUUGUUAAUGUGCACACAAUACGGGGAGGAAGGCACUGCCAGGAUGAGAUCUGUACCAACAUGAGGAGAAUUGUGCAAGGGGAAGUACCGGGCAUCAAAGUGUCCUCUGAUCAAAGAUUUUUACCAAAGAUUCAUCCACUUCUCGCCAUAACUGAACUACAUCCAGCAUGGCUGAGAAUGUUGCCCCCGCUCCCCAGCUAGGGGACCCUGCUGCAGCACCCAGCCUCAGCAGUACCCCUGGGGACCCGAUGGAUGUGGAGUGUCCCAUCUGCUACCAGGAGUACAACCAGUACAAUAAGAGCCCCCGGAUGCUGGAGUGCACGCAUGUUUUCUGCACCGAGUGCCUCCAGAGGAUCCAGCUCUGCCCCAGCGAGCCCUCCAACCCCAGCAGCCCGUCAGCCCUCCCCUGCCCCCUGUGCCGCCACCUCACCGCUCUCACCUCCGGGGACGCCCUCUCCUUACCCUGCAACUCCCGCAUCCUGUCCAGACUCCCCCCCGCCACCUACUGCCUGCCCAUGACCAUGGCUACACACCUGGCCACCAUCACCCAGAGAGUGGUGCUGUCCCUGGAGGGCGACAGCAGGGACACUCACUUCAUCAUCCUGCCCACCGUCAGCCUGCGGGUGCAGCAGAUGCACCCGGAGAGGCCGUACGGGAUAGCGCCGGGCAUUUUGGGAGAACAGGAAGUCUUAGAGCAGAGCAAGAGGACACUGUUCUGUGUGCAGCUGCUGGCCGUCACCUUCUGGGUGCUGUUUGUGAUCACGUGCGUGGUCGGGGUGGUGUUUGGGCCACAUUUCAUUAACAGGAAUCAUUAGUAGGAAGCUCUUCUUUUAGCUAGUGAUAUUAAAUUAUGAUAUGAAGCACUGUAUAAAGUAGGUUGACACAUGAAUUUUAAGAGAAUAUUAAACACAAACUUCGUUGAAAAUAUGUUUGACCACUAUUGUUGGUAUCUACCCUGUUGAUCUGGGACCAAUUUAUAUUCAAAUGUUGUUUAUAAAAUACCAACAUUUACACCAAUUCUGACUAUUGUACUGAAUAUGUGUUGCUCUUUCAUUAUUGAUAGACUGAUAAAGAGUUCCCUCUAGUGGUUAAUUUGGUGAUGUAUGAGAUGAGAUCACAACUUUAGAUAAAAGGAUCAAAACUAAAUCUGCUCUGUUUUCUUAAGUGUUUUUUUCUCUGUGCCUUUUUAGUAAGUGUAUAGCUGUCCUGCUAAUGCAUAGAUUUGAAUAAAGCUGAUUU